AUGACUUCCCAGACUUGCAGUUUGUUUGUUCUGUCUAUCAUCAUGAUUUAUUUUGGACGUUUUGGAAGUAGCUUAAUCCUUGCUAAUCUACAAAAUGAUAUACAGAACCUGAAAGCUGACUUUAACUCAAGCCUUCCAGAUGUAGCUGAUGGUGGACCUAUUUUUACAGAGAAAUUGAAAAACUGGACAGAGAGAAAUGAAAAAAGGAUCAUACUGAGCCAGAUUGUUUCCAUGUACCUGGAAAUGCUUGCAAACACUGACAGGACGAAGGGGCAUGUCAGACGCAUAUCUGAGGAGCUCUUCACCUUGAAAAACAGCCUUCCUGAUGGCUUAAAGAAGCUGAAGGAUCUCAUGGACCUGGCAAAGCUCCCGAUGAGUGACCUGAAAACCCAACGCAAAGCUGUGAAUGAACUGUUCAGCGUCCUGCAAACACUAGUGGAGACUCAAACUUCUGCUAAGAAGAAAAGGAGCCAGUUUCAGAGGAGAUGCAAAUGUUAA